AAAGUGUCAACGGAGAGUAAAGAAAAAAGAAAGCAGAAUAAUAUUUAAAAGUGAAAAUUGAGUUAUUUAAAAUGAGAAAAAAAAAACAAAACCUUUCCAUGCAAAUCCGUCAGAUACAGCUGUAUUACGUGAAUAGCAUUCAAAUAACGUCAUCGGUGUCAUUUUUGUAACAAUAAUUAGUAAUGCAAUAAUACAAGAUCAACAGAGGGAGAAUAUCAGAAUCUCAUUAUUGAAACAUCACUUAUUUCCGUGAUUUCUGAUAAAUGGAAUAAAAAUCUUUUAUGUUUUGUUAUUUAAAUGAAUUAAUUAAACGCCAAAUUUGAGAAGUACAGAGAACAAAAAGCCGAAAAAGAGGAAAAAAGGAAAGAAGGAAAAAGAGAAGGCGAGAAUAUCUAGUGAGAAAAAGAAACGUUAUGUUAAUCAUUCUAAUCAAUACGCAACGUCAAGCAGUAUAGGGAUGAUUAUAGGAACUAUUCAAAGUAAGACAUAAAAUCAUCGGUGAAGAUUGGGAAUAUCUGGAUAAAGUUCUUCAUUGAAGUUCCCAGUUAUUUUAAUAUUGUGUCGUGUUAUCUUUCGCAACGUGUAUCGAGCUUUUUAAGUUAUUAUAAAUACAAGAACGUCAUGUUACCACCAGCCGCUAUGCACUUGGAACAAAAAGAGAGUACCGAAAGAAUGACAGGUACACAACAACACUACCUUCAUCAGUAUCGUAACCAAUAUUAUCACGAUGAUCAGCAUCAACAUCCUCGACAUCCACAGAAGCAGCAAGGUUAUCAUCGUUAUCGGCGUCAUCACCGCAACGAUCACCACCACCACCACCAUCAUCAUCAUCAUCGUCAUCGCCAUCACCGACAUCAUCAUCGACACAAACAUCAACUAAACUCUCAAAUUGAUCAACAACUACAGCAUAAUUUUCGUCAUUCGCAAAGUACUGACUGUCGUCGCACAAUAUCGCCUUUGUCGUUAUCGACUAUGCCGCCUAACGAUAAUUCUUCCUCCGCUCAGCAUGCGAAUAUGUUUGUAACAGCAAGAGAACGUUUUCCUGGUUCCGAUACGGAACAUGAUUCGAAUGCAUUACGUACUAAGGUCCAUUCUGGAAUAGUUCAUCAUUCUGGUACGCAUUCUGUGAGAAAACGUCGAGGAAAUUUACCAAAGCACUCCGUGAAAAUCUUAAAACGAUGGCUUUACGAGCAUAGAUACAAUGCUUAUCCAAGCGAUAGCGAGAAGUUAACGCUGAGUCAAGAAGCAAAUUUGACUGUACUCCAGGUUUGCAAUUGGUUUAUAAAUGCCAGACGACGAAUUCUACCAGAAAUGAUUCGAAGGGAAGGUCACGAUCCCCUACAGUAUACAAUAUCUCGUCGUGGUAAAAAAAUGCCUGCAGGAAGCCAUCAACAAUCAUCCGGUCUUGGCUCAAGAUCCAAUCAAAAUUGGGAUUCGUUAGCUGGUAUGAGUGCACCGAAACGAAGCAGAGAUCAUGAUUACGAAGAUCCUGCUGGAUUAAUGUAUAGAAGUGAAGAGGACAGCCCAAAUGAUUAUGAAAGUAGUUCCCACAGUGAAGAGGAACGUCCAUCGACACAGUGGCCAAGUGUGAUAGUGUAUCCUUAUUCAGAAACUAAAAUUGAACAAAAUGUCAGUCAACUUGGUGCUUACGAUGAAACAAUUGCCCAUCCAGCACGACGAGGUGACGAUGACGAAUCUUCUAUGGGAAAUGAAGCCGCAUACUGGAGUGCACCGAGGCAACACCUUAUCCAAACAUCUGACGUACAGCAUGAAACAGAAGUAUAUGAUACGCGUAACGCGCACAGUCCUCAUACAGAUGAAACGCCACCUCCAACACCACCCGAAGAGGAUAAAGACAAGUUCAAGUGUCUCUACUUACUGGUUGAGGCAGCUGUUGCCGUACGACAACAAGAAAAAGAACGUGAGGGGGCCGUACCGGUUUAACGAGAGCUGUAUCUC